GUGUUGCUUUAUACAGCGUUCUUAAGCAUUAUUGGAGAUUCUGGCUACUUUUCUUACCUUCUUCUUCUGAUAGUUUUGUUCCUUUUUUCAGCUAUUGCAAAUAAUAAUAUUAUAACAUUUCUACUGAAUACUGGAAGAGAUAAAGAUCGGAAAAGGGAAAAAAGGGAAGUUUUAAGGGAAUAUUUCUAAGAUAGAUAAAUGUUAAAACAAUUAUGGAAUUUGCAUAUCAAGAGAAAUCGAAGUUGUUUUCUAGAUUAUCCUUCUGAACAUAAAACUUCAUAGAAGCAUAGGAUAUUGCUGGAAUCUACUCACAUAAGUUAUCAGAUGAUAUGGAAACCUUUGUUUAAGAAAUAAUUAACACACAUCUGUUUAUUUGGUGAUUGAUCAACUACCAGUCCAUGCAGUGCCUUGUUUUAUAUUCGAAUGGAUAUGGUUAUAGUUGGUUGUCAAUAUGCGAACAGAGUUACAACAGUGGACAGUCAUUUCUUUAUCAACAGGAGCAGCGGCCUUAGUUGGGCUUCUUUUAUCGUUCACAACAACAAAUUGGCUGUACAUGACAGAAAUGUGCACUGAGCAUAUCCCUUUUAAUAAUACGACAUAUGUGAUAAAUAUGACAAUGCACUCAAACGCCGGCCUUUGGCGACUUUGCACUAAGACCACGGGAUAUUCUGACGAAUUAUAUUGUGUAGAAACUGGGUUAAAAUAUGGCUUAGAUAAAAACAAAGAACGUCUAGAUCAACAAUGGCGGACGGGCACUGUAAUAGAGGCAACGCGGAUCCAAUUUCCUUUGACGUGCUUAGCUGUUUUGCUCACCUUAGCUGGUUUUAUUUUUAGCAUAUUUGGAAAUUACAGACGUGAUAAGAAGACUAUUGUUGCUGCUGUGCUUUAUAUUUCCUCCGGUUUGUGCCUCUCUGUUAGUGUUAUUCUGUUCAUUUCACGGAUAAACGACGAACUGUCACUCCAAAACUCUAAUAACUGUACUCACUUUGAAUAUAGUUACGGCUGGUCAUUCUAUUUGAUUGGCCUCUCGUUUGUUGCAGAAGAAACGUCUGCUGUUAUCUCUAUUAAACUCUAUCUUAUAAAUAGCCUGAAAAAUGUUGGAGACAUGGUUCGAAUUAUUCCAGGAUUAGAAGAUAAAAUAUUCGUAGAGACAACUAGUUUGAAGAACUAUGAGCCCAACACACAAACACUUAUCUGGUGAUACUGCUUACGAUUUUUUAUAUAAAUUAUUAUAUAUGUUUUAAUAUAUGACAUUGUCAAUUCACAUCUAAAUAAAUGUGUUACACGAUAAACAUUUGCCCAUGCUUAAUACAAACAAAUGAGUUGAUGCUUAUUAGUGUGUGUCAACGAACUCGAUGAUUUUGUUUUAUUAAAGCAUCACGCCUCCAGAUUUUGUGAUUUUUGAUGAAAAUUUAUACAUUGCUCUUAUAAGGAAAUAUGGUGUCAAGUGUAAAUUUUAAGUGAUAUAACAUAGCAUAGCCUUAGGUACUUACUGUAAACGCUUCUUAUGCAUAACUUAAAUAAAUAUUCAGAAUAUUCUCGGUGGAAUUUUAGUGAUACUUAUAGCAAAUAUUUUCAGAUAUUAUAAAAUAUUUUAUAGUUUACUUUGAUUUUGAAUAUUUUAACAUUUCUUUUGCUUUGACUAUAAAUUCCUCAAAGUGGCAUAGUUAAUAAUGAGUGAACAGGUGAACAUUAUAACCUACAUUUUGACAAAAUUCAUUUCAAUUUCAUAAUUUACUUUGCAAGAUGAACGAUAUAAUAACUCAUGAGGCUAAAGGAAAUUCCUGUAAAUAUCUAUUGGAAUUUAUUCGGGCAGUUCUUUUAAAUUUUAGGGAUAAUUAUAAUUUGUCCUUAAUAUGUUUCAGUAUCAACUUUAGGUCGAUCACCAUUAUAACAGUCAAUCUUUUAAGACAAUGAAAUAAAUAACACGAUUCUUUAAGAUUGGUUUUUAUAGUAUUCAGUAUACUCAUCUGGAGGCGUGUCACUUCAAAAUGUGUUAAUACAUGUGAGGUAUAAAAUGUCCAUAUACGGGGUUACCAGUACAUUUUAUUAUCAACAUACAUCA